CUUUUUCGAAAGAAAACUUAUUUAGGAUUCUAAUCAGGCCAAGAUGAAUUUUAACUUUUUGUUGAUUUAUUUUUUAUCUCUUUGUUUUUUUUCUUUCCGAUGGACAUAACUCUGUUUUCCUGUUUCUAUCAUUUUUCCUUUUACUUAUUUUCUUUUCUUAUUUAUCUAUUACUAUUAUUUUUUAAUCAGUUAAAACACUUAAUUGCGCGAUAAGGAUAUUAGAGUUACGCGAGAUCAAGAUCUUUCUCCGAUCUUUCUUUGAUUUGGAAAUGUCUUAUAUAUUUGUUAAAAAAAGAUAGAGAAUGAGACACCGGUAUAUUAUAUAUUGUCGUGCGCGUUGAAAUUUCACGCGAUAACGCGCAGACAUAUAUCGUUCGAGCACAUCGACAUCUAGUACGUUACGCGAAACCGUGUGGAACGAGCAAUCAAAUCACGCUUUUAUGUAUGUAUAUAUGUAUGUAACGUAUGUACAUUGUGUAUGAUGUGUGUAUACAUAAUAUAUACAUAUAUAUACACGUAGGACAUAAAGUGAGGUUAGAGAUUGACGGAUAGAGAUUUUUACAUGAGCAUUCUCGAUUGGAUGCUGAAGGAGGGUCACGGUGAGUGGAGUAAGGAAUAGAGGAAAUGGAUAAUCGCAAGAAAACACGAAAUUUUUAUAUUCUUCUUUAUUUCAAGUAUUAUUCGUAUUUAUCGUAGAUUUAAUAUUAUAUCUUGUUCUCUAGGUCAUUGUAAAAUUCUCUUAUCUAUGCUAGUUCGAGGAAAAUAUUAUUAUCGAUUCAAUAACGUAUAUAAGCGCUUAUCUCUUUCUUUCUUUCGUGAUUCAUUUAAAAACUAGGCGCGUGCCACCACGUGAGUGAAACCGAGAACUGAAAGUUCAUGUCGAGAACUUUAAUACAUGCAUAUCGAUAUCAAAGUCUAGAGUUUUAUACGAAAAGUAUUUACAAAUUCAUAGCGAUUACAUUCGAGUUAAACGCGAUUGACAGAUGUAUACGAUCGAUUGGUAAAUAGAAAAAGUGAGGAUAGGUUUUCGGUCCAUCUCGAAGUAAUUCGAAUCCGAGUUCUCGAAGUUCUCGAAAGGAGACCGAGAGAAGAAGACCGCAAGAGAGGGGAAUCGGCGGGAGGGAAGAGGUAUGGUUACGCGACCAGUUCGACAAUCUAUCCCAUCAUACACAAAAAGGGAUAGACUUUCUCGAGAGAUAUGGACAUUUUAUUCGCGAUCGAUGUGCCAUCGAGGUGGAAUAUGCAGCCAAGCUCAGACGUCUCGUGAAGAGUUAUCAACCGAAGGAACCGAAGAAGAAAGAAGAGGAGGAGGAUUAUAAAUAUAGUCCAUGUCGGGCUUUUAAGAUGGAAUUAAACGAAGUAAAUGACCAAGCUGGCCAGAGGGAGGUCAUUGCAGAAAACUUGCAAGCUACCGUUCUGCGGGAAUUGAACAUACUUGUGAAGGAUUUUAAAGAAGAUCGUAAAAAGUAUUUGCAAGAGGGUAUCAGAUUGAGGGCGGCUUUGGCUGGACAAAUUGGUAAUUUGGAACGAGCUAGAAAAGCAUAUGAGAAGGCUUUUCGUGAAGCGGAAAGAGCUGUUGAAAAUUAUCAGAGAGCUGAUGCUGAUUUGAAUCUUUCCAGAGCUGAGGUAGAAAAGCAGAGGAUGAACAUGACUCUUAAAACACAACAAAGUGAAGAAGCAAAGACAGAGUACGCCAAUCAGUUACAAAAGACAAAUGAUAUGCAGACAUUGCAUUAUCAUACGUCCAUGCCAGAAGUAUUUCAGCAUCUGCAGGAAUUAGAUGAGAAAAGAAUAAAAAACAUGCGAAAUUAUAUGAUCAAAUCAGUCGAAAUAGAACGUGCAGUUGCACCAAUAAUCGCUCAAUGUUUGGAUGGAAUUGAAAAGGCAGCGAAUGAAAUCAACGAGAAAGAAGAUACACUGUUAGUUAUAGAACGGUAUAAAAGUGGUUUCCAACCACCAGGAGAUUUUCCAUUUGAAGAUCUUUCUGUUGCCAAAACAUAUGAUAGUAACAGUCAAUUAUCACAACCUGCAAUGCAGCCAAUACACAAUCAUCUGACAGUAAAGGGGACUGUAUCCGGUGGGAAAAUCAAAAAGAGAGUUGGACUUUUUGGAAUUUUUAGUAGUAAUAAGAAGUUGAUCGAGGUGUGCAUAGCUUUAAAGAACAACGUGCCUGGUUAUGGCGAUGGCGCGAAGGAGGAUUGUAGCGAUUUACCUCCAAAUCAACGGAAAAAAAGAUUGCAACAAAAACUUGAUGAAAUUCAGGCUAAGAUUCAACAGGAAACUGCAGCAAGAGAUGGUUUAAUGAAGAUGAAAGGUGUCUACGAGCAAAACCCAGCAUUAGGCGAUCCAAUGAGUAUAGAAGGCCAAUUGAAUCAAUCUAGUAAUAAAUUGGACAAACUUGGUGCAGAAUUAGCAAAGUUUCAAGGAUAUUUGGAAGAAGCUAUGCGUGCUGGUGUUAGCUUAUCCAGGUAUCCAAGUCAAGUGCAACGAAAGCCUACAAGUAAUGGCUCGGCAACAAGGCCAUUAAGUUCAAGAAGAUCCAGUCAUUCGGGAGGAGAAGAAAGUCUUUCAAGAUCAGCUUCUGAUUCUAGUGUUAGUAAUGCGAACACAAAUCAGCCAGUUCAUAAAAAGAGUGCGCCAGGUACUCCUCAACCAAGCCAUGGUUCCACGAAUAGCCCGGAAUCUGGUCUUGGAGAAUCAAGAACGUCACUUCCUGGAAGUGGAGGAGAAGAAUAUUACGUAGAUGAGAUAGAUGCACAACCGCCAUUAGGAACCUGUAGAGCGCUUUAUCCUUUUGAUGCUACUAGCGAAGGUUCUAUACCAAUGUACGAUGGAGAAGAAUUGUAUAUGAUCGAAUUAGACCAGGGUGAUGGAUGGACACGUGUUCGUCGUAUCUCUCAACCAAUUGAAGGAUUUGUACCAACAUCAUACAUAGAGUGUCACCUGUACAAUACAUAGCCGCUCUUUUUAGGUCAUUAAAUGAGAUACCUAACUUCAAAGCGCAAUGAUUAAUCCAGUGUUAUGGUUCAAUGCGAAAUUUUUGAACUUUAAUGCUAAGAUUCCUUCAAGUUUACUCGAUGAAGUUAUGCAUUCGAGUGCUAAGCGUUGGCUUAAUUAUUGGCACUGGGCUUAUCAAUCUCUUUCUAUUCUUAAUUAGGAAAGUCUAACUAAUCGUCUGAUAUUGACAUGUGCUAAUAUUUUCAAGUUCGGAGAACUGCCAACGAUAUGAUGAUGAUGAUGGUGAUGAUGAUGAUGAUAUUGAUGUAGAUGUAGAUGACGUUGAUGAUGAGAUGAAAAUGAUGAUAACGAAGACGACGACGACGACGACGAAGACGAUGAUAAUGGUCAAAUAUGUCCAAUGCCAUUUGCUCCAUUUUUUUUCCAUUUCUAAAGAGAACAAAGACCGAACAAAAAAAAAGAAAAUUCUGCUUUGUUAACACAACCAAGAAACAAAGCUUCCCAUUAAAAUAUACUUGUGUGAACAGAUGAAGUUCUAUACAAUUUUAUGUUUGUAUAGUUACGUACAAUAAGAUUCAAUCGCAUUGAACUUGAAGCUUCCAAAUUACAUUUAAUCAUUCUUGUGUCUAUGAGUUUAAAGAAGACGAAUGAAUCGUCUAAUUUGACGGUCACAAAUAAUAAAAAAAAAAAAGAAAUGUGUGCUGUUCCGUUUUAGAUAAUGCACAAAAUAACAGAAAUUGUGACUUUACCGAAGAAAGUAAAUGUCUUAUUACAUAGUA